AUGGGCACAGCGGGCAGGGCGGCGCAAGCGCACAAUUGGGAAGACCUCGUGGCGAAGGCCGCCAAGGAGGCCUUGCAGGAGACCGUGAUACUGCCGACCAAGUUUCCGCAGUUGUUCACGGGCAAGCGGCAGCCCUGGCACGGCAUCCUCUUGUACGGUCCUCCCGGCACUGGGAAGGAUCUCCUACCUCGCAAAGGCCACCGCCACGGAGGCGGACGCCACCUUCUUCAGCCUCUCCUCCUCGGACCUGGUGUCCAAGUGGAUGGGCGAGAGCGAGCGCUUGGUGAAGAACUUGUUCGAGAUGGCGAGGGAGACCGACCAAGCCCUCGAUCAUCUUUAUCGACGAGGUGGACUCGCUGUGCGGCGCCCGGGGCGAGGGCGAGAAUGACGCGGCUCGGCGCAUCAAGACUGAGUUCCUGGCGCAGAUGGACGGGGUGGGCAAAUCGAGUGCGGGAAUCCUGGUGCUGGGGGCCACGAACUGCCCCUGGGAGACCUGGACACGGGCAUCCGACGGCGCUUCGAGAAGCGGAUCUACAUACCCUUGCCGGAGAGCCUGAGGCGAGGACCGUCAUGCUCAAGCUGCACUUAGGUGACACGCCGAACGCCCUGCAGGAGGCGGACUUCCGCGCGAUCGCGGAGCGCGCCGAGUUUUUCAGCGGCGCGGACAUGUCGAUCUUGGUCAGGGACGCGAUCUACGAGCCCAUUAGGAGAUGUCGGCGGGCGAAGUUCUUCAAGAGGGUAUCGAAAGCAGGCGCAGACGGCACCGUCAGGGAGUUCUGGACGCCCUGCAGCCCUGGCGACCCGAACAGGGUGGAGAAGUCGCUGAUGGAGAUCCCCGGGGCCGAGCUGCUGGAGCCGGACGUCCUGGCCUCCGACUUCGAGGCCGCCCUCGAGAAGUGCCGGCCCAGCGUCAGCCAAGGCGACCUGAAGGCACACGAGGAGUUCACCCAGAACUACGGGAUGGAUGGCUGAGGGCAGAAAGGCUGACGUUCCGACGGCGCCGUUGGCAGCUCGAUGUUCAGCCUAGCUUUGUUUGUUCCUUUGCGGCGGGGGGGGCAGGGGGGCACGGGGAAAGUAGCCCAUCGCUGUGCUCUGCCCUUCCUGUUCCCCGCCCGGCGCACGCACACGCCGGUGGCGCCAGAGAGCGGGUGGGCCGCAGUCGUAGCUUCACGACGGGCAGCCGGCAGUCUCGCCCCUGUCCCUCUCUGCCUCCCACCUUCGGUGCAGCCCAAUGCUCGCCCACUAGCAGUGGCUUGGCACCUGGCUGCCCACUUCGGCGCACAUGUCCCCGGGGCGCGCGGCACCUUCUUGAGCGUUGUUGCCGAUGAUCGAGUGCGUGCCCGCGCCGCGCACCAGUGCGUCUUCGUGCAGCCCCUCCCACCGUCACGCUGCCUGCUUUUGGCCAGGGCUGCCCCUGCUCACCAUCCCGCUGUGGCCUUCCGACCCCUCGCGCUGGGUAGAUCGCCGCCGCUGGACUGAGCCACAGCAUCGAAAGCGAUGGUCAGCCAAAA